AUGCACGAAAAGGAUGUGUUGGAUCUCGAAUUGGGCGGCAAAAGUUGGGUGAAGUCUUUAUCCAGAUGGUGGUAUGACUCGUUUCUACUGUCCUAUACGGAUGAACGAGUCCAGGUCUACUAUACGAGUACUCAUGCCCUUAGAAUGGAGCGGGCUAAGCAAUUUUAUAUUUAUAAGCAAUGUAUUCAUCCAUUAAGUAAAUUCAGGAGAUUCUGGGAUUUUGCAAUUGUACCGAUCAUACUAUUGAACAUGAUGAUAUUCUACCACAGCACUUCGAUAAUGUACGGCGAGGCCGAUUGGAAAUUUUACAUCAUCAACGUGUUCUUGGAGGGUUUUCUAUUCCUGGACAUAUACAUCAGUGUAAGGACUGGUUAUAUCGACAAUGAUUCAAAGAGGAUAAUAUUGAACGGUAGACAGGUCACGUUACACUACGCUUCGUCGAAGUUAUUCCUCCACGUGCUCUCGUCGUUUCCCGUUGAAACAUUUAUGUUCAUGCGUUAUGGUACUGGCAUCGAUUGUGCUGUAUGCAAGGCCAAUUUGUUUGUCACUGCCUUGGAAGUUCUAUGUAUAUUUCGCAUAUACAGACUCAUCGAUGCGACCAGUCAAUGGGGUACAUACAAACGCUCGGUCCUCGUCGCAUGCGGCCUUGCAUUCUUGCGUAUAGCCAUACUGGGUUUCGUUUCUAUGCAAAUCCUGAUGAGAAUAGCUGAUAUUAUAUCUGUCCUAACAAUCAUUACUACUGGUAACCUAGACGACCGGUCUUACUUUGCAUCGGUAUUGAAUAUUCGAUAUGGAGACGCACCAGCGCCACCUAGCUACGUUUUCUAUUGUUUGGAGUUCGCUAGGAUCUGCAAGUCCUUCCUUUUGUUCAGCUUCAGCCUUAUAUCUCGUGCGUACUUCCCGGAUAAGAUGACGUCACUGCUGGCUUACUUGACCGCCAUGAUCUUCUACAUGUGGAGUCUAGUGGAGUGUUACUUCUUUCUGAGCUAUCUGAAGUAUCCUCAAGACCAAAUGUAUAUAUGCGUGGACAGAACGAUAACGCUAGCGCGGUGGCGAAACCUACCUGAUACGUUUAGUGAGAAACUACUGAGAUAUUUCACGUUUAGAUUCUCUGCAGCGAAUGUGACUGAAGAACAGAACGGGAUUUAUAGAAGUCUUCCAAAGAGUUUAAAGAAGGAGAUAGCGAUUACUUCGAAUAGUCGCUUAUUGAUACGAAUACCUUAUUUUGCUGAGUGGCCCACGGAACUCAUAGAAGACAUGGUGAUGCUUUUGAAAGAAGAAAUCUACAUGGAGGGUGAUGUUGUCGCAGAACCCUCAAUGCCAAGCGACGGUCUUUUUAUAGUAGUGGUAGGAGUUUUGGGGAUUUAUUCAAUACAAAACGAAGAAAUGGGCCAUCUUACAGACGGCGACUACUUCUGUGAAUUAUGUUUGGUAACGGAUAGAGAGAUACGCAUGUCCUCAGUCAUAGCGUUGACAGCCUGCAAGAUCUUGUUCCUAGAGAAGAUAACGUUUAGAAAAGUUAUGAGAGCAUAUCCAACCUUAUUUUACGACCUCAAGGAAUCCCUGACGGUGAAGUAUACCUCGCAACGUCGCGCUACUAUAAAUCUCUACAAUUAA